AUGUUAGAUUCACAAGAAAAUCUAAAAGCGGAAGACGUAGAUGUAUUUGGCAACCGAAGACUACCUGUACCCGAACGCGAGCACUUGAACGACCCGGCGGCUCAGCCCCAACCCCGCCUUUACCAAGACGCAAAUGCUACCACGCCAACACCAUGCGCUCAUCCUGACGUUCGUUUGAAUGACGACCUGGGUUGUUGCCUGUCAUGUGGUGAGAUCGUCGACCCCGUCCAGGCAUCAACGCAGGAUUCAGGGCAUACAACAACACCAUCGGUCUCAGUCGAAUCUCCACCAAGCAGCGCAUACUACAUGCAUCAGGACCUUGAAUUGUCAGUUGGACGAGAAAUACAUCUGAUGCAAUUGCUGCCCGGCAAAUGA